CCGUGAUGCUACUUCCGCUCAGACCUUGCUGUGGGAAAGGAGAAGGCGGUAACAUGGCGACGUUGGAGCCGACUGAGCUUCCAGUGAAAAUGAGCCAUAAGAAGUCUAGGGCUGCUCGGCAGAAGGAGAAACGGAAAAAACGGCGACAGGAGCUCGCCCGAUUGAGAGAUGCAGAAUUGGCACAGAACGAGGAGGAAGAAGAUCCUAUUGCUGAAGAAAAACGAUUGGAAGAAGAAAGGCUGAUGGAGGAAGAGAGGCAAAGACUGCAUGAAGAAUGGUUACGGAGGGAAGAGAAGGCACAAGAGGAAUUCCGCGCAAAGAAGAAAAAAGAAGAGGCAGCUCGAAAACGGAAAGAAGAACAAGAGAGAAAGUUAAAAGCAGAAUGGGAAGAGCAGCAGAGAAAAGAACGAGAGGAAGAGGAGCAGAGACAGCAGGAGAAGAGAGAAAGAGAGGAAGCUGUGCAGAAGAUGCUGGAUCAGGCUGAAAAUGAGUUGGAGAAUGGUGGCACCUGGCAGAACCCAGAACCGCCCACGGAUGUAAGAGUACUGGAGAAAGAUCGAGCCAAUUGUCCAUUCUACACUAAAACGGGAGCUUGCAGAUUUGGCGAUAGGUGUUCACGUAAACACAACUUCCCCACGUCAAGUCCCACCUUGCUUAUUAAGAGCAUGUUUACAACAUUUGGAAUGGAACAGUGCAGGAGGGAUGACUAUGACCCCGAUUCAAGCCUGGAAUACAGUGAGGAAGAGACCUACCAGCAGUUCCUAGACUUCUACCACGAUGUCUUGCCAGAGUUCAAGAACGUGGGAAAAGUGGUUCAGUUUAAGGUCAGCUGCAACUUGGAACCUCAUCUGCGCGGCAAUGUGUAUGUUCAGUACCAGUCGGAAGAAGACUGUCAAGCAGCUUUUUCUCUUUUUAAUGGACGAUGGUAUGCAGGACGACAGCUUCAGUGCGAAUUCUGCCCAGUGACCCGGUGGAAAAUGGCGAUUUGUGGCUUAUUUGAAGUACAGCAGUGUCCAAGAGGAAAACACUGCAACUUUCUUCACGUGUUCAGAAAUCCCAACAAUGAAUUUAGGGAAGCUAAUAGAGACAUCUACCUGUCUUCAGAUUGGACAAGCUCCUACUUCAGUAAGAAUUUGGAGAGGAGGGAAAGGACCAGCCACUAUGAUGAUUACUACAGCAGGUCAAGAAGACGAAGGAGCCUGAGUCCAGAACUCUCCUACAAGAGAAACGGUGAAUCUGACAGGAAGAGCAGUAGUACUCACAGGGGAAAGAAGUCUCACAGACAUGUGACAAAAAGUCGUGAGAGGCGCCCUUCACUGAGCAGAGGAAGAAGGAGGGAUCACAGUCCAGGCCCCUGGAGCCAGAGCCGCAGGAGCCGCAGGAGCCGGAGUCGAAGUAGGAGCCGAAGUAGGAGUCGGAGCCGGAGCUCAUCAAGGUCCAGGAGUCAUGGUAGGAGAAAGUCAGGUAGUAGAGACAAAACCACCCAGAGUCCCAAAUCUAAAUAAACUUGGUUGUUUUUAAAUAUCAAUCUGUCUUUCUAUGGCAGCUACUUACCUGUAUAAUUUGACAAGGCUAGCUAAAUACUAUGAUGUAAAUCAUACUUUUUGAUAAAUUGUAUUUAUAAUAACAUGAAAUUACUUGUAAUCCUAACUUUGAGAGCAUCAGUUAACAUUGGAGUAAUGCUUUAGUAUUUUUUCGUUUUCUGUAUUUUUCUCUUUUUCUCUGUGUAAAUGUAUCACAAGUAUGGAGGUCAGAGGACAAUUUUCAGGGGUCAGUUACACAGUGAGAUCCAGGGAUUGAACUGAGGUCAUGAGGCUUUCUCACCAAAUAUCUUUACCCUUUGAGCCAUCUUGCUAGCCCACCUUGUUAUUCUUAAGUGUCCAUACCCUUUACUUUUGGUUUAUGCAAAUGGGCAUUUUGCUAACAUGUAUUCCUGUGCACUAAUUGUGUGCCUAGUGCCCACGGAGGCCAGAAGAUGGUGUCAGAUCCCUUGGACUGGAGUUAUAGAUGGUUGUGAGCUGCCAUUUGGGUGCUGGGAAUCGAACUCAGGUCCUCUGGAAGAGUAUCAUUGAACCAUCUCUCCAGCCCAACACACUAUAUUUUAACUCAAAGGUCACAUAUGGCUAAUAUGUUUUUCACUUAAUUGUCUCAUUUCAUCAAUCCUGAUUCUGUAGUCCCAUAACUCUUAUUUUUACUUACCACAUAGAGAAUAAUACAUCUACAUUUAUUUGACAGUAUCCCUAUUGUUGGAUGUUUAACGAUGAUCCUCUUAGAUUUGUUUGUCCUUCACCUGGGGGCUGUUGUGGUGUAUAUCUUUUUUCAGUAGUGUGUUGUGAAAGUUCUUUAUAUACAGGCAUUUUGUUAUUACCCAGAAAAUUAGAGUCACUACUGACUCCAUGCACUUUCAAACAGUCCUGGUAUAAUAAUCACAGAAGAGUGAUCAGCGGAGAACUGAAUGUAGGAUCAUGUAUAAUAUCCCUAGCGUUCCCAAGAUGCUCUCCUCUCAGGCUUUCACUGUUGCGCUUUGGACCUUGAGAUUCAGUCACGUGGUAUUUAACACUCUGACAUUUGAGAAUUCAUUAAAGAUGCAUAUAGGUUGCGUGCAGUGGCUUAUGCCAGUAAUCCCUGCAAUUGGGGGGCCGAGUGAUGAGGGCUCAGCCUCUUUUUAGGAAAGGAAAAAAAGGCACAAAAUGUUAAAAAUGUUUAAGAAAAUGUAACUUGUUUUGAUUCUAAAUGCCUGCUUCACACUAAAAAUGAUGGACUAGGUUCACUAGGUUCAUUAAUGCUGAAUAGUUUUAAGUAAAUUCGCUAUUUUUAAAAUACUGUUCAAACUUCAGCCACGAUUAUGUAAAGAUUGUUUUGUAUGUGUGAUGUUGAGGCUUCCAGCAUGGUAGGCAAGGGCUCUACCACUGAGGCACAUCCCCGGUGGUAAAGCUAAAUAUUCUUAGAUCAUGAUGGAAAAUGAAGACAACUGACCAGGUGAUUACCUUCCCCCCAAAUAUUAACUGGCCAGUACAGACUGCAGGGGAAGUUCAGAAAACCUCUGACUACAUCAUUACCCCCUGACUUUGAGCUUACAUUUACUCUAAUGAUCGGGUGCCUGAGUGUCUGUGCUAAACCACUUACCACUCAACUCCACAUUACUGACAGAAGCCCACAGGCUUUUCAGUGAACAGCUGCACUCACAAAAGCCCUUUAAAUCUACAGAUGACUGUUUCAACUUCAUUUUACCUCAGGCUUAGAAUGUAGCAGUUUCUAUUCGUAGUAGCAGAAGGCCCCAUAACCAUAUUACUGUUGUAACUGGAAGAUUACUUGUUGCUUACACUAGGCAGCACAGUCAGCAAAUUAGUCUGUUGCAUGUGCUAGCACUUCCUCAUGUAGGAGGUGAGGAUUCAUCAUUUGGAUAUUAUUUGAUUAUCUGGAGUAAUCUGAGUUGCUAAAUCAGAAAGCAUAUAGAAGGCAAUUGUACCAACGUUUUAAAAGUGGCAUUUAUUAAUUGAAAAUAAAUGUGUUGUAAGUUCUUGAUAGCAUAGAAUUCAUGUGAUUUUUUUUUAAUGAGCUUGAUGUACAUGGAAAUUUCUUGACUCUUGCCGUUUUUGUGUGUGUCUGCAAGCACUAUCACAUUCCAGUGCAGGGAGUGGGAUAUGAGAGGGAUU